AUGCCCUGCAACAAUGGCGAUGACCACUCUGAGGGAGGCCUGGUGGAAAACCACGUGGACGGCACCAUGAACAUGCUGGGCGGAGGAGGUGGCGCCGGCCGGAAGCCCCUCAAGUCGGGCAUGAAGGAGCUGGCUGUGUUCCGGGAGAAGGUCACGGAGCAGCACCGGCAGAUGGGCAAGGGUGGCAAGCACCACCUUGGGCUGGAGGAGCCCAAGAAGCUGCGGCCGCCGCCCGCCAGGACCCCCUGCCAGCAGGAGCUGGACCAGGUCCUGGAGCGGAUCUCGACCAUGCGCCUUCCGGAUGAACGGGGUCCCUUGGAGCACCUCUACUCCCUGCACAUCCCCAAUUGCGACAAGCAUGGCCUGUACAACCUCAAACAGUGCAAGAUGUCUCUGAAUGGGCAGCGCGGGGAGUGCUGGUGUGUGAACCCCAACACCGGGAAGCUGAUCCAGGGAGCCCCCACCAUCCGGGGGGACCCCGAGUGUCACCUCUUUACAACGAGCAGCAGGAGGUUCGCGGGGGUGCACACUCAGCGGAUACAGUAGACCCCAGCCCGCCGGUGCCUGGCGCCCCGCCCCCCCCCACACAGGCGGAAACGGAGAGUGCUCGGGUGGCAGGUGGCGGGGGAUUUUCCAGGAGUUCUGACACGUGUAUUUAUAUUUGGGAAGAGACGGGCACCGAGCUCGGCACCCCCCUGCCCGCCCCCCCCCCACUGGAGAUGCUGUCCCCUCCCCUUCUUGCCUCCCCUGGAGAGGAAGGGGGCUUGCCAUGGGGGAGUCGGGGUGGAAGCUUGGGAGGGGGGAAAAGAAAUUUUUAUUUUUGAACCCCUGUGUGUCUUUUGCUUAAGAUUAAAGGAAGGAAAAUAAA